AUGGCUUCUGGGUAUCCUAGCUCCGAAGAGCAGGCCGGAUCCUACUUGCCGGAUGCAUUCGAGCCCGUCGAAAAGCAUGACAUGACACCUCUCGAGGCCGGCAUCAUUGCGGGAACAGUCGUCGCAUUCACAGUCCUUCUAUUCCUCAUCUUCUACUGCCGACACAUGGAGCAACGCCGCCGCGCCCAGCGUGGCAGACACGACCAUCACGAGCAAGCCAAUGAAGACCAAGCAAACGCGGAGCACGAGAUGCAGAUUCUAGGCACAGACGGCAACAAGCACAGCGAGGCGGAGCCGCUUGGGAAGUCCUCCUGGUCGCUUCUUCGCCUCAUCAAGAACCAGUAA